CGAUCUUUUCACACUAUUUAGCACUACCACAGUCCACACUGUUAGAUUAUCUUCGAGACGACAAAAAAAUGGAAACAACAUGGUCCACAACUGCAAGCAUAAUUCUCAUCUUGCUGAUACUUGCUCUGAUAUGGGCCUGGAGGAUACUGAACUGGCUAUGGCUGAGGCCAAAGAAGCUAGAGAGGUUGCUAAGAGAACAAGGCCUUCAAGGGAAUCCAUACAAGCUUUAUGUUGGGGACUUAAAUGAGCUUCUCAAGAUGAGAAAUGAAGCUACAUCCAAACCCAUGAGUCUCUCAGAUGAUAUAGUUCCCCGUGUGUUUUCCUAUGUCCAAAACAGUGUCAACAAAUAUGGAAAGAAUUCCUUCAUCUGGUUUGGGCCAAUACCAAGGGUGACCCUCACAGAUCCUGAGCAUAUCAAAGAUGUACUUAACAAGAUCAAUGAUUUCCCGAAACCUAAAACGAAUCCGCUUGUCAAAUUACUAACUCAGGGUCUUGCUAACCAUGAGGGAGAAAAGUGGAGCAAGCAUAGAAGGAUAAUCAACCCUGCAUUUAAUUUAGAAAAAUUGAAGACCAUGCUACCAAUAUUCUUCAAAAGUUGCAAUGAUCUAGUUAGCAAAUGGGAAGGAAUGUUGUCUUCUGAUGGGUCGUGCGAAAUGGAUGUGUGGCCUUUCCUUCAGAAUUUGGCUAGUGACGUUAUAUCUCGAUCAGCAUUUGGAAGUAGUUAUGAAGAAGGAAGUAGAAUAUUUCAACUUCUACAAGAGCAAGGUGAACUCGCAAUGAAAGUUUUGCUGAAUGUUUACAUCCCUGGAUGGAGGUUUCUACCUACUACUAUCAAUAGGAGGAUGAAGGAAAUUGAUAGAGACAUAAAAACUUCACUUAAGGAUAUAAUUAACAAGAGAGAAAGAGCACUAAAGGCGGGUGAAGCCACAAACAAUGACUUAUUAGACAUUCUUCUAGAGUCAAAUCACAAGGAAAUUCAAGAACACAGAAACAAUAAGAAUGUGGGAAUGAAUCUUCAAGAUGUAAUUGGGGAGUGCAAGCUAUUCUACUUUGCAGGACAAGAAACAACUUCAGUUUUGCUUGUUUGGACAAUGGUGUUGUUGAGUAGGUACCCUGAUUGGCAAGAAAGUGCAAGAGACGAAGUGUUUCAAGUCUUUGGCAACCAAAAACCAGAUUUUGAUGGACUAAGUCACCUUAAGAUUGUGACCAUGAUUUUGUAUGAGGUUCUUAGGUUAUACCCACCGGCAAUUGCACUCACUCGAACUGUUCGCAAAGAUGUGAAACUUGGAAACAUUACAUUACCUGCUGGGGUUCAGGUUUCAUUACCAAUAGUUUUGGUUCACCAUGACUAUGAACUAUGGGGUGAUGAUGCUAAGGAGUUCAAUCCUGAGAGAUUUUCUGAAGGACUUUUGAAAGCAACAAAUGGGAAAGUUUCAUUUUUUCCUUUUGGAUGGGGUCCUAGAAUAUGCAUUGGACAAAACUUUUCUCUAUUGGAGGCAAAAAUGGCUUUGUCAGUGAUUUUACAACAUUUCUCAUUUGAACUCUCUCCGGCCUAUACUCAUUCUCCAACUACGGUUGUUACUCUUAAGCCAGAACAUGGUGCUCAUUUAAUUCUACAUAAAGUGAACACAUAAAAAUUAUACUCCCUCCGUCCCUAAUUAUAAGCUAAAGUUGUAAAAAUCACACUUAUUAAGAAAGCCUUAAUUGAUGCAUUGGUUUUCAAAAAAAAUGUACAAGGGUGAAUGCAAGGGUGAAUAUGGAAAGAAAUAUUAACUUUUGCAAGGUUAGCUUAUAUUUAGUGACACAAAAAAAGUCUCAAUGUUAGCUUAUAAUUAGGGGCUUAUAAUUAGGGACGGAGGGAGUACUAUUGUACCUUUGUACCUUUUAAUCAAUGGGUUAGAUACCCUUGUACCUUUUAAUGUAUUUUGUUUGGCUGAUAAAAAAAAAGUUUUAUUCUUCUGCUUA